CAUAGAGCAGCCUAGAGUACCCCAACGCAUCUGCAUUCUGUUCCAGUGCUCCCACAGGCCACAGCCUGACCUCACCGACUUCGAACCCGAACCCUCUCUUCGUCUCACCGCCCCAAACAAAACCCAACCCAUUCGAUUCAUUCUUGCCUAUCGCACCCUUCUCUAUUCUCUUCUUAUUUUGUUAUUCAUCAACUCAACACCAACACCACACAAAUCUCUCAUAUUUCUCAGCUAUUUUUCACUGCACAAUCACCACAACAACAUCAAUAUGGGUUACGAAGACGAUCCGUAUCGCGAUGAGGACGGCGAACCCUUGAUGGAUUAUGACGACAUGCAAUCCGAUCCCGAGCCGGAGCCCCACCACGACGAUGCUCUCCUCGAUGAUUACGAGGACGAAGGGGACGGUGGCGAUUGGCGACGCCGCGAGCGCUCGCAGACUCCGGUCUACGAUCACGAUUCGUCCAAGUCGAAGCCCAGGAAGAGGCUCGUUAAGAAGGGCGACACCGGGAGGCAGUCGGUGGCGCCGGAGCUCGAAGACGAGGUGGCGGAGGAGGAGUAUGACGUCGGGGCGAGGUGAUCUAAGAAAGCGUUUGGUGGAAAAGGAGGCAAAGAUCAUGACGGUGAAGUUAAGGAGAUGUGGGAUACCAUUGCUGGCGGCGAUUCUGAGGAUGAUCAUGAUGGUGUUAGGAACGUGGAUGAUGACAACUUUAUAGAUGACACUGGGGUGGAAGCUGGUGGUUACUAUGGCAGUGAUGAACCUCGUUCUCCUGGUGAUGCUCCCCAGGCAGAGGAAGGUGAAGAGGAUGAUGAAAUUAAGGAUCUUUUCAAGGUAGGUAAGAAAAAGAAGAAGAAUGAGAGAAGUCCUGCAGAAAUAGCUUUAUUAGUUGAGAACGUCAUGGCUGAGCUUGAGGUCACAGCUGAAGAGGAUGCUGAACUUAAUAGACAGGGGAAGCCUGCCAUUAAUAAACUAAAGAAGUUGGAUCUUCUAACAGAAGUCCUCUCGAAGAAACAGCUCCAAUUAGAGUUUUUGGACCAUGGAGUACUAACUUUGUUGAAGAAUUGGCUUGAGCCACUUCCUGAUGGAAGCUUGCCAAAUAUUAACAUACGCACAGCAAUUUUGACUAUUUUAAAUGAUUUUCCUAUUGACCUAGAGCAGUAUGAUAGAAGAGAACAGCUGAAGAAGAGUGGUCUUGGGAAGGUGAUCAUGUUCUUAUCGAAGUCCGACGAAGAAAUCAAUGUAAAUAGAAAACUAGCUAAGGAACUGGUUGACAAAUGGAGUCGACCCAUAUUUAAUAAGAGUACACGGUUUGAGGACAUGAGAAAUGCUGAGGAGGACAGGAUUCCUUUCAGGAGGCCAACCGUUAAAAAGCCGGCAAAUAAAGCAGCAGGGAUGGAAUCUAGAGAUGGUGAUCUUGAUUUGGAAUUUUCACAGCCUAGGUCUGGACAGUCUUCUUCAAGGCAACAUGCAUCAAGGCCAGAAGCAACACCUCUGGAUUUUGUGAUCCGUCCCCAGUCUAAAAUUGAUCCAGAAGAAGUUAGAGCGCGAGCAAAAGCUGCUGCACAAGAUCAGCAGAGAAUGAAGAUGAAUAAGAAGUUGCAGCAGUUGAGGGCACCAAAGAAAAAGCAGCUUCAAGCUACAAAACUAAGUGUGGAAGGUCGUGGCAUGGUCAAAUAUUUGUAGAUCUGUUGACUGGUUGGGUUGUUAUUAUAAAGGAGCCAACCAGUGACUGCUUCCUUUGCAGACCUGUGUUCUGUGGUCUGAAUUUCAAGUUUGACGGGUUGCUGUUAACAUCCUCCCCGUUAUCCCUGCGCGUUUGUUGCGUAUUCAUCAAUUGCAUAAAUGAUUCCCCUAAGUAUGGGAUUGUGGUGCACAUGCUGUUAAUUAUUGUUUAAUAAUCAAGCCUGGGUUUGUCAUCUCAAUUCAAUGACACUGGAGUCUCUUCUGCAUCCGUACUUGGGAUGUGUUUCGAUCUGGCUUAUUGAAACAAAAUAUUUAUUUCUUUUA